AUGAAAAGAGAUUUCAUUGGACUCUUCUGCGCAAUCGUAUCAGUGAUCUUAGGAUAUGGAUACUCGUUAACUGUGACAGAGCCUAGUAGUGAAACCGUCUGGCACCUUCACUCCCCCAACACGGUAAAAUGGCAAAGCGUGUCGACCGAUCCUGAAAGCGUUGAAGUCAGAGUAGUUAACAACAACCCAUCGACUUACCCGACUGGAUAUACUCGGACUAUCAAAGAUGGAAUCAACACAGCGGAUAACAAAUUCACGCUAGAAUCCCUGUCUGGACUGAAACCAGGCCGCGGCUACCAAGUCAACAUCAUGAGUUCCGCGGGCACAAUCUUGGCCCAAAGCGCCCAAUUCUCGAUCAAUGGAACGGCUGAUAAAAACACCAGCAGCACCACGACCCAUCCAAAUACGCAGAGCAUUGCACAACCCACUUUAGCGGCGCCUUCACCGAGUACUUCCACAUCUGCUUCAUCUGAUGCCAGCACGCUAGGAUUUAAAUCGAUAGGAAAAUUACUUGCUUUCGUGGGUUUGGCACUCAGCGCACUUACAUCCGUUCUUUUUUGA